AUGGUGGAACUUAAGGAACAGGUGGAGGCGGAGAUGACCCGCUACCGUGCAUUGCAGGAUGAAGUGCAAGUGCUUGCAAGGCAGCGGCAGAUGUAUGCGCAACAAGCAAAUGAGAAUGAUAUGGUGAAAAAGGAACUCUACCUAUUGGAUGAUGAAGCUAAAGUGUUCAAACUCGUGGGCCCUGUUCUGCUUAAACAAGAAGUCGACGAGGCCAAGAGCAACGUCAACAAGCGCCUCGAGUUCAUUAAUCACGAAUUGAAAAAGGUCAACACGAAGAUUGAGUUCAAGGAGAAAGAGGCUGUUAGCAUCCGCGCAAACAUCUCCAGUUUGCAAAUGGAGAUGCAAAAGCGCGCGGCGGAGGCUGCCAAGGGCGCCGUGCCGGCUUAUUAA